GAUGAUCUCAGCAGUAUGAAAAGGAAGAGAACAGUGCCUGAGUGAGAUUACCACCGAACAGUUGCAGUUCAACAUUUUUGAGAACACCAUGCGAUCUGGAUACAGCUACCUUAUGCUCGUGAUUUACUUCAGCCACCUAAAGGUUCAAGCUCUAGCCUAUCCUUGUCAGCCUGGAUUCUAUCUUCAACAAAAUGGUAGCUGUGUUGAUGAUGAUGAGUGCGAAGGAGGGGAAAGUACUGUAGAAGCUUUGUGUGGUACCAACACUGUUUGUAGGAACACGAUAGGAAGCUUCUUCUGUAAUUGUAAGAAAGGAUAUAUGAACUUGAACAAUGAUAGUAACUUCACAACCCGGACCAACUGCAGAGAAAAUAAUGAAUGUUUCCAAAUUCCACCAGUGUGUGGGCCAAAUGCAAUAUGUUUUAAUACAAUGGGGAGCUUCUACUGCCUUUGCAAGAAAGGAUUCAUCACAUCAGGACUAACUAACUUUACAGAUGGUUAUACAGGGUGUACAGAUAUCGAUGAAUGUGAAAAUGACCCAAAUAUUUGUGGUUCAAAUGCAACAUGCAUCAACAAUCUUGGAAGUUUUAAGUGCACCUGUAACGACGGAUUUGUCUCAACCACUGGAGAUAUGUUUACUGAUAAAGCAAUAACUCAGUGUCAAGAUUUGAUAGAUUUUCAUCCCAAGAGUUCAUCACUUAAGGAUAUCAAUUCAUUUGCUGAGCAGUCUUUCAUGAGUUUUUCAAAGCUCUGCAACACAAAUUCAAUGGAAUUACACAAGUUCAUUUCCAACUUCCUGGAAGUCAUGGAAAAUUAUACAAUUGCAGCUGCCCAGAAUUUACAUCACAAUGAAAUAAAAAAGUUCUCUUCCAAGAACGUUGAAAUCUUGAUGCAAGCAAUUCGGAACAAUACAAUCCCAAAGGAUAAAAGGUCAAAAUUAUCCACUACAAAAAACAGCCUGGACAUUAGCUGGAACAGUGUGGCAGGAAAAGCGAACUUUGAUGUUGCUGCCGUUGUCCUUAUCUCCUACAAACAUCUGGACUCCCUCAUGGAACCGAUUCUUUUGGAAAUCAAUAACAAGGAAUCCAAGCUGGACCUGAUAUCUGAAGUUGUUACUGUCACAGUAACUAACAAGGACAGGAAACACCUCCCUGACCCAGUCAUCCUCACCAUGGAGAACAAGUUUAAUAAUGAAACAGCAAAAUGUGUCUUCUGGGAUGCAUCAGCUAGUACCUGGUCUACUCGUGGCUGCAAAGUGGACAUGUCCAACACGACACACACAGUGUGCAACUGUAGACAUCUGACAAGUUUUGCUGUGCUUAUGGCCCUGGAUGAAAUAGAGGAGACUGAUGGUUACAAUCUGAGGAUGAUCACUAUUUUUGGCAUUCUUUUCUCCCUGGUGUGCCUUUUCAUUUCAAUCCUCACCUUCGUCCUGUGUCGUGCCAUUAAAAGUAUCAGGACCACCAUCCACACACACCUGUGCAUCAGCCUUUUUUUGGCAGAUUUGCUCUUCAUUGUUGGAAUAGAUAAGACCAAGAACAUGACCAUUUGUGCCGUCAUCGCAGGAUUCCUGCAUUACCUGUUCCUGGCCUGUUUUGCCUGGAUGCUUCUGGAAGGUGUCCAGCUUUACCUCAUGGUGGUGAAAGUCUUCAAUGCGAAGAGUCUUCGUUCGAAGUACAUGUAUUUGUUUGGCUAUGGAUGCCCCCUGAUUGUGGUUGGCAUUUCAGCUGUUGUGUUUCCUAAAGGAUAUGGAACAGAGAAAUUUUGUUGGUUGGAUCUGAAGUCAGGCUUUCUGUGGGCUUUCCUGGCACCAGUCUGUGUAAUUAUUCUGGUCAAUGGAGGAUUCUUUAUUAUUACUGUGUGGAAGCUGGUCAACAAGUUUUCAAGUAUUAGUCCUGAAAUUGGCCAGUUGAAGAAAAUCAGGAUCUUUACCUUCACUGCUGUUGCUCAACUCUGCCUCCUGGGAUGUACAUGGAUACUUGGCAUGUUGUACUUCCAAAAGGAAACGAUUGUUAUGGCCUACAUCUUCACCGUGUUCAACAGCCUCCAGGGAAUGUUCAUCUUCAUCCUGCAUUGCCUCCUUAACAAACAGGUGAGGGAUGAGUAUGCCAAGUUCUUCCUCGGUGCCUGCUAUCUGAAGAAAGCCUCAAAAUACUCUGAGUUUUCAACCUCUACUACACAGGGCCUGAAAAGCACGCAUGAGACAGGAAUGUGAACAAAAGCACAAAGGCCUUGCAGGGCUGGCUGCAGCUGCUUAUAAAGCAAGAGGGAGCACAAGAGCAGCAUCACACUGACUUGCUUUGCUUGGGACUGUAAUCUGAGACUGCCCCAUCACUGUUGCUAUCUUCUCCCCAUUCUUACCUCCACCGCUCUGCAGAAAUUCGGUACAAACUUCGGAAGAAAGGGGAAAAACUUUGCCAUCUGAGAGCUGGUCUGUUUCAGCUCUCUGCUUCUAUUGAGCCUGUCCAUAGCAUGAAUUCAUUGGACUCUGGGAUUUGAACCAGACCGUACAAUAACAUAAACAACAGCACCCGGCCUGGAUCCUGGGGAAUUGAAGAGUUCCCUUUCACUUCAAGGACCUGCCUGGGCAGAUGUGAUGAUGGUCCCUUUGCAUUCAAGUUUGGUGAAUCUCUAACUGGUGACUUAUGGACAGAAGUUGGGAAGGAGUGGCCACCUGGGAUUCAGCCAUCAGAAGGUGAGGAAGAAUAGGGAUGGUCUUUGAGCACUAUUGGGUUUGGGGCUGCAGAUGUUUGGAAGGAGUUUGUAUUGGGUGAAGAAUGGGUAAGGAUUGCUGUGGAUGCUUAGGAGAUUUUGAGUUGAGUUAUGGACCAACGCUGGUCAGGGAGUGUCUCAUCCACUACCCUACCCUUGACCAGCUCUGACCCUCGAGGUGACUCCUAACCUUUGGUUCAUGUGAGUUCAUACAGCAGAGGGUGCAACUCCCAAAUUGAUUUUUGGCUGCUCUUGGCUUGGUGACACAAGACUAUGGCAAGAGUGCAAAGACCUUUUCAAUCAGAGCCGAUCAUUAUGUGGGGCUUUCUAGGAGCCAAUAAAAGCACAUUGCAAAUUUCACUGACAAUGUCACCUCCUGAUUAUCUCAGGUACAUCUGAAGCACAGAUGAACUUUUCAUUAUACAAAUGAUGUUUGCAGUGUCCAAGGGUGCCAAAAGGUUAUUUUCAACAGGAAUAUACUGGCUCUUGCCAGGCACGAAACCAGAAUCUGGCCCAGACUGCUGAUCAACCUUGAAAAGGACCAAGUAUAAUUUCCACAGCAGAGAAAUACCACAAGGUCUUCACCACCAGUUAGGAGCAACCAUCACAUGAGAAUACCAUCUGCCCUGGUUCCCCUCUAGUUCACAGGUCAGUAUCUGAUAGCAGAUCACUAGGGCAAUACUCUGCAACGCCCCCCCCCCUCAGCCACAUUGUAAAUGGGCAGAGUGGGCCAUGAAGGGAGCUUCUCAACAACAGCUGGGGAUGGAGCACUGAAUCUUGUUUUUUCCCGAGGCUGAUAAAUGAAGGUACAGUCAGCAGUGAGGUGUGAAUGUGAAAUCCCCAUGCCCCUAGUUUGCCAGGUAACUGCUGCAGGGGAGACAAAUGCUGUUUAACCUGCUCAAAAGGCAGGAAGCAGGGUGUUACGUUGGUGAAUCCGGUUGUACUCUGUUAUAGUACGCUGCUGUGUGGAAAUGAAAAACUGUUCUGAAAAUGCAAUGCCUUUAUUUAAUAAAAAAAUCACAUUGA